AUGAUGAGAACCAUUACAGAACCCAAGACCCUCACAGAUGGUGAUGUCACAGAACCUCACAGAUGCUGUUCUCACAGACCCUCACAGAUGCUGUUCUCACAGAACCUCACAGAUGCUGUUCUCACAGACCCCCACAGAUGGUGUUCUAACAGACCCUCACAGAUGCUGUUCUCACAGACCCUCACAGAUGGUGUUCUCACAGAGCCGGACGCGGUGUUGGUGGCGGAGUUGGUGUGGGUGGUACUGGGCGUGGUGUGGCUUAGUCGACACUACCAGACUUGCACCUCACAGGCCGCCAAGGACGCCAUACUGGGUAUCGUGGUGUGCAACUGGUGCGUCAUGGUGUCAGUGGUGCUAACGGUGUGGUGUACGUUCGACGCGGCGGGGAGGAGCUGGGUCAAGAUGAAGCGGUACCAGCGUUCUAUGAGGGACUCCCACACCAGGUUCCAGUACCGGCGCUCUGGCAACAGGAACAGGAACUGGCGCCAGAGGAAGGUAUUGAGAGCCUAUCAAGACAGCUGGGACCACCGAUGUCGACUUCUCUUCUGUUGUAUGGGCAAGUCUGACGACACUAGGAAUUCCUUCAGCGACAUUGCACGGCUACUGAGUGAGUUCUUCCGUGACCUGGAUGUGGUGCCCUCAGACGUGGUGGCCGGCCUUGUCCUCCUCAGGAAAUAUCAGAAGCUCAACCGCCAAGAGAUUGUCAAGAGUAAUAAAAAUGAUGUGUACGAAUUUCUCUCUGGUGUCCCCAUCACUCCCAGGUGAGUGAAGACUAUUGGUUGACCAUCACUCCCAGGUGAGUGUAGACUGUUGGUUGACCAUCACUCCCAGGUGAGUGUAGACUGUUGGUUGACCAUCACUCCCAGGUGAGUGUAGACUGUUGGUUGACCAUCACUCCCAGGUGAGUGUAGGCAGUUGGUUGACCAUCACUCCCAGGUGAGUGUAGACUGUUGGUUGACCAUCACUCCCAGGUGAGUGUAGACUGU